AUUGACAAGGAAAGAGUGAGGGGAGAGGGGUGGCAUAAGAGGGAGUGUUAUGGGGUGGGGGCGAUGAGUGGAUGAUGAUAUACCAAGGGACCAACCAGUGAUUGAAUGCAUCAUUCGUUCAACAUCGCUCGUGCAACGUGGAUGCUUGCCCAACAGGAAGGUAAAAUGCAUGCAGAAGAUGAAAGCAGACGUUUUUUAAGGAACGGAAUUCAAUCUGCAAUUGAGAAGCCCCGAAGUAUGAUUGUUUCAACUCAGCGAUCUCAGUGGUUGACGAUUGCUUUAUCUCAUGCUUACAGCCAUCAGACUCAAGAACCAAACAUCAGUAAUGAAAUCAUUGUCCUCUCUACUGGCAUUGAUCAAUAUAUCCAAGAAAUAUUUUUUCACCUUGGCAACAGGGAUCACAUCACCAAUACAAAUAGAGAUGGUGGAGAAAAAGAAACUAUUUCAUGGAAUGACUUUUAUAUACUCUGUCAGCUUCUAGGAGCUGAUGAAGAUAGUGUGAAUAAGGAGAGAGGAAUUCAUGAUGACGAGAUUGGAUUUCAAGAUUUCCAUUCACGGCUCAUCAAUAUCUUUGCUAAAAUAAGUGAAGAAAGUUGCAAGGUUGAUGACCAAAAUGAAAGAAAUGAGAAUAGAUGGAAAACUGAUGAUGAGAUGGUUGAAGCUGGUAUCAAUAUUCCUGACAGGAAAGGAUUGUUGUUACGUCAGAUGUGUACCGAAUGCUUUCAUUGUCGAUCUCCUUUAGAAGUAUUCCACUCUGUACUCUACAAGCAUGGUAAAAUACCCAUGUGUAAAGAUGAAGAGCACUACUCCAAACUAAAAGACGGUAGGCCAAUUUUGACACGAAACGAAGAGGUGGCUACUCUAAGAGCAGAAAACAACUGUCUACGAGAAGUUGUAGAAGAUAUGCGAAGAGCACUGCAGACAUGCGACGCUAAAUGCCUCGCUAUGACUGUAGAGAUUACAAAAAUCAAUCAGAGUGAUGAGAUGGUCAAUGAUGGCAAUAAACAAACGAGGAGUAUUGACUACAAUGAGAAGGAGUCGACAAGAGUUAAAAAACUUGUAAAAGAAAUGAUUUGGUUGCGAGAAAGCAGGGACAAACAACUUGAGGAAGCUAUUCUCUUUACCCAACAAAUGGAAGCUGAACUCUGGCAAGAAAAGCUGAAAAACAAAGCUCCAGAAAAAUGUGACAAAGGGAUUGAUGCAACUAUCACUCCUCAUAUGGAUGCUUCUCUGAAUGACGUCAUGAACGAUGGACGAAUGAAUGAAGUCGUGAAUGAUGAAGGUGGAAUGACUCCUUGUAGUGAAAGGCAACCUAGCUUAAGUAGUGAAUCUUUAUCUGAAUCAGAUGAUGACAGCAUUAUAACAAGUAUACCAUCCGGCGAUUGGUGUUUUCCUCAAUCUUGUGAUGACUACUCACCGGUUACCCGUGUUAACAUUGUAAAUCUAGAGAUUGAAAUGGAAGAACUCAAAGAAGCACUUCGACAGGUGGAAUUUGAAAGAGAUGCAGCACUAGAUAAAUCCCAAAAGAUUGCAAUUGAUCUUGACAUCGAACGUCGAUAUCGUAAGCUUGAUCAAGGUCGGUAUCUUGAUGAUAUAAACUCUUUGGAAACUGACAAGUCCCGCUUAUCGACUGUUGAAGAAGAAUUAAGAGAUGUCAUCGUUUUGAUAAUGCGUCUCCGAGAUAUGGUCUUAAUACUUGAGCCGUUUGUCUCUUUCCUUUACAGCAAUUUUGAUAUCAUGGGGAACAGAGACCUCAAUGAUAUUUACUACGUUGUUGUCUCUGACGAUGAUGUCCGGCUUGUUGCAGUUGAUGGUUCUAUCCGUUAG